AUGCCAAUGCCUCUUAACGACACUUUGGAAUAUAGACUGCUCGAGGAGAUGCUGACACAAUGCAGGAUGCCGUUUGCUAUCAAGCCUAGAUUCUUAUUGCAUUUGGUUCCAAUUGCUCCGCACAGAGAUACUCACGAAGACACUUGCCUGAUCAAUUGGGACCCGACGAAAGAACCAAAGUACUUUAUCGAAGAACAAGACAGCGCGCAUAUGGCUAAUGACGCUCUUAAUAGGGCAAAUGCUACCAUGGUCUCACUGUAUUCUAAACCGAUGCUCAGCCCUGUUACGCCUGCAUUUGUAGCGCUAGUGAAAAAGAAAAAGUUGUAUAGCUCAGACAACUCCGCCAACACUGACAAUUCUGGCAGCAAUGAUAACGCAGACAUUUCUGGCUGCAAUGACAUCUCCGACAAUUGUGGCAGUAAUGAUAACUAUGAUAUCUCAGAAAGCACUGAUAACUCUGAUAUCUCAGAAGCUAGCAACUCUGGUAGCUCUAGCAGCAGCAGCAACGAUUCCAAGAUUUCUUACGCCGAGAAGCGUGAGCUUGACUCCGAUUUUCUUGAGGGUCCUAUCCAAGUGGACAAGGUGUACUGCCGAUGGUCGGGCGAAUGCGGCGACUUAAACAAGUGCACCAAGUCAUACUGCGGGAUUUGA